AUGAGUCGCGCCGGCAAGCUUGCACCCGAGCAGUUACCAGUCUUGUUCGUAAAGAACCUCAACUACGAGGUGACAGAUGAGGCGCUCUGGAAGCUUUUCGACCCCGAGCCCCAGAACCGCAUCGUCCGUGUUAGCCAAAUCCGCAAGGGUAUCUCCCUAGAGGCCAAGGGAACCGCCUAUGUCGUCUUCUGGAAUGCAAUGGACGCGAAGAAUGCCCUCGAGAAGCUAAACGGCUUCAACUUCCAGAACAGAUAUCUCGUUGUGCUAUGGCAUCAACCCGAGAAGACGCUCAAGGCGAGGGAGUCAAAAGACGACAUCAAGGCGCGCCAGGAGAAUGUAGAACAGCUCAAGACCAAGUAUGCCCACCUGAUCCUCAACCUUGUUAAUCCGAGCGGGACGACUAUCGCGCUGUCUCACCUCGCAGUUGGCGUCAUCAUCACCACUUGCAUUGCUCUGCGACUGCUGUGCUUUUCCGUGUCUGUGUCUCAAGAUACCUACAUCAUUGGCAUGCCGUUUUCCUCGACGCUUGACGUCGCAUUCAACUCCCUCCUCGAUGUACCGACUUCGGUAGCGACAGCAACAUCCACCGCAGCAAUCGGUGUCGACCUCCCAGCGGCGACCACCCACCUGACCUCGGUGCUCACGUCCACCGCGUCCGCAGUCGCAGCCGCCGCAACAUCGGCAGAGAUGGACACAUUCUUGGACGACGACGGAGGCGGAGGUGGAGGCGAGUGUCGGCUGCUCGGGCCCUUUGCCUUGUUCGUCCAGCUCGCGCUGGGCGGCCUGGCGCUGUCGACCCUGGUUUUCAAGAGAUGGCGCGAACGGCCCCAGCGGCCGCUCAAGAUCUGGUUCUUCGACGUGUCGAAGCAGGUCUUUGGCUCGGUGCUGGUCCACAUGGCCAACGUCUUCAUGUCUAUGCUCACCAGCGGUCGUUUUUCUAUUAAGUUGGACCCGGCCAGUGUGCAGACGGCGCGCGCCCUCAUGCGCAGGGCCGACGACGGAUAUACGCCAAACCCGUGCUCGUUCUACUUGCUAAACUUGGCGAUCGAUACUACCAUUGGUAUCCCGAUCCUUAUCCUGCUGCUUCGCGUCACGACCGUUCUCGUAUCAUACACCCCGCUCGGAAAGCCGGCGGAGUCGAUCCAGUCCGGCAACUACGGCAACCCGCCGAAGUGGUGGUGGUGGCUGAAGCAGUCUGUCAUCUACUUCUGCGGCCUCUUCGGCAUGAAGAUCUGCGUCCUGAUCAUCUUCUUGAUCCUGCCGUGGAUAUCUCGCGUGGGCGACUGGGCGCUGAGGUGGACCGAAGGCAAUGAGCGCCUGCAGAUUGUCUUCGUCAUGAUGCUGUUCCCGCUCAUCAUGAACGGCCUGCAGUACUACAUCAUCGACAGCUUUAUCAAGAUGAAAGAUACGGACCACGAGAGGCUGCCGCAGGAGGAUCACCACGAGCGCGAUCCAUUCGACGACGCCCUCGCGGAUAGCGAUGACGACGAUGCGUCGAGCAGUGGUGAGAGCAGCGAGAGUGUGAAGCUUGCGCGGUCGAAAAGCUCCAAGGGUGCCGAGAGGAAGCACCCGAAGAUUGGGCAUGAGGAGUACGAUCCGGAGCUGGAUGGUCAAACUGUGAUAGGGAGCAGCAAGAGCCAGGACGAGAGGGGCGGUAAACCUCUGCCCAAGGAAUUGGUUCCUCCCGAGUAA